UGAGGGUAAGUAAGUACGUAAUACACAUCUUCUUCUUCUUCCUCUUCUUCCUCAUUUCAUUUCCACUCAGUAAAAAAACACACAGAGUCUGCCACAAUGAUUUCUCUCCACCUCCUCCCUUCUUCCUCCGCCCUCCCCAAAUUCAAAUCCAAUUCCAAUUCCAAUUCCAUAUUCCCAAUCAGAAACCCUAAUCCCCAAAUCGCACCAUUCCCCAAUCCUAAUCCCAUUCGCCAUCGCCCUCUCUCCCUCUUCCCGAUUCGAUUCCCCUCUCCGUCACCCCAACCCCUCCGCGCCUCCGCCGCCGAAUCCUCCUCCUCCUCCUCCUCCGGCGACGACGCAGCGAAGGCGCCGGCGAGCAAGACGGUGAAGCUGGCGGUGGUGUUCGGGCUCUGGUACACCCACAACAUCAUCUUCAACAUCUACAACAAAAAGGCCCUCAACAUCUUCCCCUACCCCUGGCUCCUUGCCUCCUUCCAGCUCUUCUGCGGCUCCCUCUGGAUGCUCUCCCUCUGGGCCCUCAAGCUCCAGCCCUGCCCCAAAAUCGACCGCUCCUUCAUCCUCGCCCUCCUCGGCCCCGCCCUCUUCCACACCGUCGGCCACAUCUCCGCCUGCGUCUCCUUCUCCAAAGUCGCCGUCUCCUUCACCCACGUCAUCAAGUCUGCCGAGCCCGUCUUCUCCGUCGUCUUCUCCUCCCUCCUCGGCGACUCCUACCCCCUCACCGUCUGGCUCUCCAUCCUCCCCAUCGUCUUCGGCUGCUCCCUCGCCGCCAUCACCGAGGUCUCCUUCAACUUCGCCGGCCUAUGGGGCGCCAUGAUCAGCAAUGUCGGCUUCGUUCUUCGCAACAUUUACUCCAAAAAGAGCCUGGAGAGCUUCAAGCAGGUCAAUGGCCUCAAUUUGUACGGCUGGAUCACCAUCAUCUCGCUUCUAUAUUUGUUUCCUGUCGCAGUCGUCGUUGAAGGCUCGCAGUGGGUAGCCGGCUACCAUAAGGCUAUCGAAACAAUCGGAAAGCCGGCGACUUUCUACCUCUGGGUUAUGCUGUCGGGAAUCUUUUAUCAUCUCUACAACCAGUCGUCCUACGAGGCCCUUGAUGACAUUAGCCCCCUCACAUUUUCAGUUGGGAAUACUAUGAAGAGAGUGGUGGUUAUUAUUGCAACUGUCUUGGUUUUCAGGAAUCCGGUCCGGCCGCUCAACGGGCUCGGAUCGGCCAUAGCCAUUCUUGGGACGUUCUUGUAUUCUCAGGCGACGGCUAAGAAGCCGAAGAAGGUCGAAGAGAGCAAAGAGGAGUAGAAAGAAGAGGAAUAUACAAUCAUUCUGGUUAUGGUUUCA